AUGAGUGCCAUGGAUAACGUCGUCGACCCUUCGAUGUUGGAUGUCUGCGGCUACAGCGAGUCUUAUCCCUCGCCUGCCACCACCGCAGAAGACUACAAGGAGUCAAGCCAGCCCCCUUCCGAUCAACCUAGCAAAAAGAAACGGAAGGCAUGGGGUCAGCCAGUCCCUGAGAUCAAACAAAUCCUCCCCCCGCGAAAGCGAGCAAAGACCGCAGAGGAGAAGGAACAGAGAAAGAAUGAACGAAUCCUUCGAAAUCGACGGGCGGCAGACAAGUCUCGACAACGCCAAAAAGCGGCUGUUGCCGAGCUCGAGGCCAGACAACAUCGCAUCGAGCAGGAGAACGCCAGUCUUCGAGAACUCCUAGCACAUUAUCAGUCGAGGUUCGGUGUCCAAGCAGAUUUCCCAACACCCAUGCCGUCUGACUGCGACUCGUCCGCCUCGAACCACCUUGCCUCCCCUGCACCCCUCGACCUGAAAUCCUCCACCCCGGCCACACCAGCAUAUGAUGGUGAGGUCCAGCAACAUCCCACCCUAGUUCAAUCCGACACCCUCACCCCAGUCAAACACGAGUCUCCCGUGCUCGCCCCACAACUGAACAUCAUCAACGAACACGCUGAAGCUGAUCGGUCUGAAUCGAUGGCGACGUACCAAAGCUUCCCAGCCAUCUCCGGUAUGACACAAUAUCCUGCCGUGGUAUUGUGUGACCUGCAGUGUCAACCGGAGACCUGGGCUUUCAAGCUGCCGACGUUCCCAUGCAGUCAAACCAACAGUUUUGGCCUGAGUUACCUCCUGCAAGUCUUCCAGACCUUGACGAUAUUUCAAACCUUCUCAACGACAACGCUCUUGCCAAUUUACAAUCUCUUCCAGAUUUUGGCACAGAAAUUGUCAAUGACCUCGACGGAACAGGAUUUCUCCUCCAUCCUGAACAAUUUCCCACUGAUUCAUUGUUUGAUUUCGAUGCCUUCGACACCGACCAGACCAGCAGUUUUCCGCAUGAAACUUCUGAGCCGACUCCUUGCAUGCAGCCCACACAUGGCGCGCCUAUUACUGGCAGCGACAGACCAGGCUUUGCAGCAAGUGGUUAGCGAGGAUGGUUUCGCCGAAGACCCUGAUCGUCGGUGGACAUGGUCGAGUCUGAUGACAAUCAAGUGGACCAUAGUGAGGUUGGAGAAAGAACAUCGCAAGAUACGACGACAGGUCUGGGCAAACCAGAAUGAAAGUGACAGUCUUUCAAGUUUGAAGAUUAUGGCUGGAGUUGACUACCGGGCAGUAGCCAGGAAUUCACAGUUAUGGCGAGGGACGGCUAGUCCGGAUUGUACUAUUACGACGAGAAAUGAUGGUUGGGUGCCUACUCAGGAGGUCCAUUAG